AGGCAGAGAUUCCACAGCUGCUGCACCACACAGCCUCUUUGACAGCCGCAAGAGGAAGGAGCCACCCGCACCGAGUCAUGUCUACGGAGCUGUCUGAAGGCCAGGGUUUGGACGGGUUAGGAGAGCAGGCAACAAACGGGAAGACCAGACAGUCUGACAUCUGCAGUGGCACGACGGGUGGCAGCAUGGUGUCCAUAGCAGAAUACUACGCUGGGAAGAACGUACUGAUCACAGGAGCCACGGGCUUCAUGGGGAAAGUGUUGGUGGAGAAGCUGCUGAGGUCCUGCCCCGAGGUGAAAGCCCUCUACCUCCUGGUCAGACCCAAAGCCGGGCAAUCCAUGCAGCAGAGGGUCAGCGACAUGAUGAAGUGCAAGCUUUUCGACCGAGUGCGGGAGGACAACCCCGACUUCCACCAGAAGAUCAUCCCCAUCAGCAGCGAGUUGAUUCAGCCGGGCCUGGCCAUCAGCCCAGAGGACGUGGAGAGACUCACCGCCUGCAUCAACAUCGUCUUCCACUGCGCCGCCACCAUACGCUUCGACGAGCCGCUCAAACACGCCCUGCAACUGAAUGUGAUCGCCACACAGAAGCUCCUCAGCUUGGCCCAGCAGAUGCAUCACCUCGAGGCCUUCAUUCACAUUUCCACCGCCUAUGCAAACUGCAACCGCAGGCACAUCGACGAGGUCAUCUAUCCGCCGCCCGUCGAGCCCAAGAAACUCAUCGAAUCUCUGGAGUGGAUGGAUGACGGCAUCGUGCGUGACAUUACACCACGGCUUAUCGGCACCAGGCCCAACACAUACACCUACACCAAAGCCCUGGCUGAGUACGUGGUGCAGCAGGAGCAAGACAAGCUCAACAUUGGCAUCAUCAGACCCUCCAUAGUGGGAGCCAGCUGGCAGGAGCCUUUCCCUGGUUGGAUCGACAACUUCAACGGGCCAAGCGGAGUCUUCAUAGCUGCUGGCAAGGGGAUCUUGCGCACUAUGAGAGCCAACAAUGAUGCGGUGGCUGACCUGAUCCCUGUGGACGUGGUUAUCAACCUCACCCUGGCUGCUGGCUGGUACACUGCUGUACACAGACCUAAAAAUGCUGUGGUCUACAACUGCACGACCGGCGGCAUCAACCCGUUCCACUGGGGAGAGAUCGAGCAUCAUGUGAUGUCGUCCUUCAAGAGGAACCCCCUGGAGCAGGCCUUCCGCAGGCCCAACGCUAACAUCACUUCCAACUACCUGAUCAACCAGUACUGGAUCCUUGUCAGCCACAAGUUCCCUGCCCUCAUCUACGACCUCUUCCUGCGUCUCUCUGGACAGAAGCCGCAGAUGAUGCGUAUCUUUAAUCGCCUGCACAAGGCCAUCGGCCUGCUGGAGUAUUUCAGCAGCCAGGACUGGGAGUGGAACUCUGAGAAUAUGACCAUGCUGAUGAACCAGCUGACCCCUGAGGACAGGAAGACAUUUAACUUCGAUGUGCGCCAGCUGAACUGGCCAGAGUACAUUGAGAAUUAUUGCAUCGGCACCAAGAAGUACGUCCUGAAUGAAGACAUGUCUGACAUUCCUGCUGCCAGGCAGCAUCUGAGGAAACUGAGGAACAUCCGCUACACCUUUAACACGCUCUUGGUUGUUUUCAUCUGGAGAGUGUUCAUCGCUCGCUCUCAGAUGGCCAGAAACAUCUGGUACUUUGUGGUCAGCCUCUGUUUCAAGUUCCUCUCCUACUUCCGCGCAUCCAGCACCAUAACCAACUGAGUCUUGCUCACCGCUUCAAGCUAGAGGCAGCAGCCCCUCACCCUCUGCUGUCAGCAGAAAGUAACGUCUGAGACUCCAACCAUCGAUGAAGGACAACCCAAAUCCUCCUUUUUAGUGUGGACAAGCAGGCUGGGGCUGAGCUUGAGUGAAGCACUCUGAACGAAAAAAAGAGGUCUACUAGCCAUGAAUUAUUUGUUUAGUUUGGAAAUCUUGCAUCAGUACCUGCACUGUUCAGUCACCAUACCCCGUCCAAAAAGAAAAAGUGUUGUCAUUAAUUUUUGUACCCACUGUUUUCUUCUCAAAGUGGCCAAUUAUAUAUGCAAGAAUAAGCCUUUUGUGUGACUUUCAUUUUUUUCCCCACAUCAUUGUUUCCAUCCUCUCAAAUCUAGGUACAUUGCCUUGCCUUGUGAUUAUUUCUUUUCAUACUUGAAAUAUGACAGUGCUUCAGUGGAGGACAAUUUCUAUAAGAUCAUUUUGGUUCUCUGUUUUUUACUGUGGGGAUAUCCAAGUCCUCUCUUUAAUACGCAGGUGAUUUGGAUAUCUGUAUGUCUUGCAUUACGUGUAUCUACUGCCUUUUUAAGACUACACACAAAAUCUAACUGGUGGUUAUUUGUCUCAAAGUCAAUCCACAGAUUAUUGAGACCCCCCUUGACUAGUAUUAUAGAGAAAUUCUGACCACACAAGAUACUACAGAUACUGAAACAUACGUGUAUGCCAUCUUUCCUGUUGUCGAGGUUGUUACUUAUUUACUAUCACAAAUGAUAAUGUCAGUAUGUCUCUGAACAAACCUUGUUUGUUUGAAUGCUCAUCCACUUUUUGCCUGUUUGUACAGCAGUUUGUACUGAAACUAAGUUUACUACUUUUACAUCUUUAUACUUCGUCAAAGGCUAGUCUGAUAUAUGUGGUAGGCAGUGUAUUAUAUAUAAAUAAGAGUACAUCAGAGUCAAGUUUAUUUGUAUAGCCCAGUAUCACAUACAAUGUCUCCCAAUAGAUACCCCACCAAGUUUUCUAAAAAGAUACCCACCCCAAAAAAUGUCGUUGAAGUAUUUCAAAAAGAGAGUCCUUUCUCAGACAACGGGGUAAAAUUGGAGCCAUAGGUGGGAAAUUGGCAAUUACAACUUACCACCAAGUAGAAAUACAUAUAACAAUGUAUUUGUAGUCCAACAACAAGAUUAUAAUAGGCCCAAUGCCAAUGGAAUAAAUCUAAAAUCAAAGGAAUGGCCUGAACAUCCCCGGAGGACAGCAGCAGACCAGUGAAGAUUUGCCUGAAGAUUUCUUCUAAUUCUUGAGGCUGGCCUCGAUAUAGCGAAAGGGUCAGUGCAAGUUUGUCAGGUAUUGCUGAGUGUGAUAUUUUAUGUUUGGAGAGGCACUUUUAAAAUCAGCCCAAGCAUGAAUUGGAAACUAAUGUAGAGAUGCUUAGAUUGGUCAAAUGUCCAAGUGUACAUUAAAUCAUGCUGUAUUACAGGACAGAGUUUUCCAUUUAGAGGAGACAGAACAUUUCAGCUUCACCUACACAUAGAAGAAGAACGGUCUUUGCUGUCAAGCUUUUGGCAGCAAGGAAACAAGACUUAAAAUUAAAGUACAUGUAGCUGCUAAAAAGGUCACUGAGUGAAAACCUGUAGAAAAAGUAGAGGACCAAGUAUGGAGCCUUGAGGGAUGCCACACCUUAUGGAUUAAGUGGUGGACUGCCAUUUCUUAGCAAGCAACAACUGUGACUCAUUUGUUAAACCACAAGACUGCGAGGUGAUGGACCAGAGACUUGGUGAAGGCCCUUCUGACAUUACAUCCUUGAUCCCAAGUUUUGGACGACCUGUAAAUAGUUGAACUUGCAUAUUAUUCUUAUAGACUACCAAAAACUGUAUUUGACUGUUGAU